GCCUCUUUGUCUACCAUGCUGUGGCUGACGUUUACCGCUAGAAACAUCUGUAAAGAUGUGUCCAAAGACCCGCUUCGUGCUCACGACAGGAACAGACCGGCCCAGACUCGCACCAAACCAACCAUCCUCAGAUUUUAUCUCGUAAGUGACGGAAUCCCUCUGAUCAUUGUUGGAGUUACAGCAGCUUUUGGCCUGGAUAACUAUGGAAGCAGAGAUGAUGCUUUAUAUUGUUGGAUGGCAUGGGAACCAAGCCUGGGAGGUUUCUAUGCCCCCAUGAGUCUUCUGGUCUUAGUCAUGUCCGUGUACUUCUUGUGCACCUACAUCCAGCUCAAACGCCACCCUGAGAGGAAGUAUGAGCUGCGGGUGCUGAGCGAGGAGCAGCAGCAGUUAUCAUCCAGUGAGUCAAACCAUCAUUGCCACGUUGACACUGGGGCAGCUUCCGGGCUCGCUGCCGAUUGUCCGUCGUUUGCUCCUGGUGUAUCAGUGCUGGCCAACGAGCACUCAUUUAAAUCUCAGCUCAGGGCUACAGCCUUCACCCUGUUUCUGUUCCUGGCUACCUGGGCAUUAGGAGCACUGGCAGUAUCCCUGGGACAUUUUCUGGAUAUGAUAUUCAGCUGCCUGUACGGGGCGUUUUGUGUCACAUUGGGACUUUUUCUUCUCAUCCAGCACUGUGCCAAACGUGAUGAUGUAUGGCACCGUUGGUGGGCUUGUUGCCCAUCCAAAUCCAAGACGGAGGAUGGCAAUGGGAACGGACAACGCCAGAGGCAAGAGCUCCAUCAGCCACAAUGCCACCUGAACUCCCCGUGCUCAGGCAAGCAGCCACUGCUUUCUCCUCACUUUGUACAGGGUUCUUGCCACAAAAUUGCACCACCUCAGACCCUCACGCCCAAUCACACGGGGCCAUGCUGCGUGGCUGUGAUGAGUCCUGUCGUGGCAACCCCCAUCUCACCUCUCGCCGAGCGGGUGUCCUCGCCACGUCCGCAGUCGCUUCCCGAUGAGCUCCCUCGUCCUGCUCUGCCGCUACAGAGCUGCCUUACGGACAGAACUAAGUCACGCUCUUUCAACCGCCCACGCCCACGCCUCCAGGACUACCGCUCUCACAUGACCUCCACCAGCAUGGACGGGAGUGUUCACAGCUCCCACUUGGACAGCCCACACACUGCACACCACCUGGAAGGCUCACCCCUGGUUUGCAGCAGCCCACACCCAGACCUCCAGCUGCCCUGCCCCAGCCCUCACUUGGAUAAGCAGCUAGCUUCCUGCCACACUUUGCAACGCCAGACCUCGUGCCACAGCGUACAAGACUCAAUGACUUCCUGCCACAGUCACGCACACAACAUGCAUGACAGCAUCACUUCCUGUCACAGCCUCCUUCUGCCUUCUCAUGGGGUCCACACCUGCCAAUGGCACAUUUACAGUUCAGCUGAUCACUCUUCCACAACUAGCUGCUCUGAAAAACCCGAACCGUUCACUUUGCAAUAUCAGCAAGACCCAGACACAUACAGCUGCAUGUCAAAGACAACAGAAAAAGACAAGGACAGUCUCUGCGUAGAGAUGGAGCAUAAAGGUUUCCCAAGAAAUACUCUGCCUCGGCAGCACGGCACCAUCAGCCGGCGAGGCACCAUCGGCAGGAACAGGAGCCUGCAGGAAGACGGCCUGUUUGGGUCAGACGCCACAGGAAACAUACGGACUGGACCUUGGAAGAAUGAAACCACUGUAUAG